GUGUUUCGUCAGCUACUGGCUAGGUCAAUAAUUGCAGAACAAAGAAAUAAUUAACGGUUAAGAAUAAUAUACGAAUUGCUCAAUGCACAUUCUAUGUUCUAUUCAGUACAAGGCUUUUGUGAGGAUUUAUUUGAUCAAACCAAGAGCUGAUCGAUUCUUCCACACAAAUACGAGUAAACAAAAGGCAGCGCAUCAGAACGAACAACUUGGCAUUGUUAAGAUCAAGUCGGUUGGCAAUUUGUAGUUGACUGUGUGUUGCCUUUUGUUGAGAAAUCAGCACAUCCAUCGUAGACUUGUAGAGGUUACCAAUAGCCUAGAAUUUCUACAUUCAAUUUUCUUUGUUUGAAUCAUGUUCACUGCCACUCUCCUACUUCUGCCAGCCUCCCUGUUGGCUGGUUUACUGGUCUUAUCGCUCUAUAUCUUCAAUCUUCACAGCAAAUAUGAUCACAUCCCCGGGCCUACUCGGCACAGUUUCUUCCUCGGAAAUGCUCCUUAUCUCUUGAAGCGAUUCAAGGAGGACCAAUCUGGGUUUACUGUUGCUCUUGAGUAUAUGCAGAGGUACGGACACGUCUUCGUACUCUGGUAUAUCCUAAAACCUCAAGUAAUCGUAACAAAUCCUGAGACUAUCAAAGACUUAAUAAUAUCUAAUGUUCACGGUAAACAAGAUAAGCGACCUGAGGCGCAGCUAUUUGGGCAGCGUUUCGUGGGGCCAAAAAAUAUCGUGGUCAAUAAGGGCGAUGAAGUGUGGCAGAGAAAUCGCAGGGCUUACACCAAAUACUUUGGCAGGAACUACAUGAGGCAGUACCAUGAUCAGGUCAAGAUUGUAGCUGGCCGCCUUGUUGAAAAGAUGUCAGAACUAGCUGGUACUGGCGAGGUUGUCGAUUUGAGUCACUGGAUCCACUUAGCUUCCUGUGAUAUCAUCGGACUGGUUGCUCUCGAUUGGGACAUUCAUGCUGUGCUCAAGGAAGAUUCUACGUUUCCUAAGUAUUUGGACUUAGUAAUGAAGGGCGUGGCGUUUGCUGCAGGCAAGCCCAUAUCUCGGAUAGCUCCUAAAUUCAGAUCGAUGAGGGCCGAAGUGACGCAUGCAGUGAGAGAACUACGGAAGAGCUGUGCAGCACAGAUAAAGAAGCACAUCGCUAGAAAAGUACGAGGUGAGGUGACGGAAUCGUGCCUUCUUGAUGAGAUCCUGUCUCAGUCUUCAGGGGACCAAGAGUAUCAGAUAGAUGAAAUGCUGACCGUGUUUCUGGCUGGCCAGGAAACGGUCGCCCACACUAUCUCUUUCGCCAUGUGUCACCUGAUGAGAGACCCCGUGAUACUAGACUCAGUUGAUAGAGAUGUCCAGGGGUACAUUACGAAUCCCUCGUUUGAAAAGCUUGCAGGAAUGGUUCAUAUGGAUAAUUUGAUGAAGGAAACACUCCGACAUUAUGGUGCUGUGCCUGGUCUCAGACGGAUCCUGUCCAAGGAGACCGAUAUAUCUGGUUACAAGGUUCCCAAAGGCACUGAAAUAGUACAUGUUCUAAAGUUGUACGCUCACGACGAAAAGAUUUGGGGAUCAGAUCACAAGGAGUUCAAUCCAGCACGUUUUGACAACUACACGUUCAGUACAAGCAAGGAGAUGGGUACUCCUGGACUCACAAGGACUCCUACUAGGAGAACAAAUGUUCACCACGACCAGAACAGACACCCACACGGAUUUUUACCAUUUGGAAUAGGUCCAAGAAACUGUUUGGGGAAGGAGUUGGCCAAAAUAGAAUUUAAAUCGGUAAUUUCUCAUUUAUUCUACCACUUCAAGUUUACUCCAGUAAAAGGAGAAAAUAUUCAGCUCAUGAGGUACAAUAGUGUUAAGCCCUUGUCAGGACAGAAUUGUUAUGUGGAUUUGAUAGAGUGAUUUAUUGUGAUAAUCUGAGAUCUGUAUCAGUAUUAACUUAUCCUGUAUUCAAGUGUGUUCGUCUCUAAUAAUAUUAUCAUUGUUAUAUUUAAUCUUUAAUUUUCCAAUA